AUCAGUUCGCCCGAGCUCUGCCGACUGGAGGGAUGUGACCCCGGAACAGGACGCCCUCCUACAACAACACACCAUUCAAACAGAGAACAGAAGAAAGAAAAGCUGGACCAGGAGGGAGCCACAGGAGCAGGGGGGAUGAACCGCGAGGAGGCCCCGGGGAAGUCUCCUGAAGACAUGUACAUCCAACAGAAAGUGCGGGUCCUGCUCAUGCUAAAGAAAAUGGGAUCAAAUCUCACACCGAGCGAAGAAGCUUUUCUCCGAAAUUACGCAGGUGUGGUCCACAGUCAGAUGAGCCAGCUACCACAGCACAAUAUAGACCAGGGUGCAGAGGACGUAGUGAUGGCGUUCUCGCGGUCAGAGACGGAGGACCGGCGCCAGUGACCCUGGGCUCAGCCAACCCCCCUCCAUUCCACCCCAGUGCAUCCUGCCCAACCCCUGCCCCGCCCCGCAUGUGAUCCAUGAACAACCCAAACACGACACUGAUGAGCUCAGGAGAGGAGGGGCAUCCGGGAGGCACGACAAGGAGGGGAAGAGACUCCAGGAGGUGGCUGCCUCACUCUCCCCCCCGCCUCCUCCAUCCCCAGCUCCUCCUCACACAAGCUGGCACACCAUUACCUGAGAUGCACUCAAGUGCUUCACUGUGGGUUUGAAGCCUUUCAAAGAAGGCGGUCAGUGAAAACACUCACAGAUUGUGUGGAUGAAUAUCAAAUGUAGUUUUUUUUCUUUGGGGUGGGAGGGUUGUUGUUUUGUAUUAUUUUGUCCAUAGGCAGUGUUACGUGUUAUAUCUGCUGUGGUCAAUGGAAGAAAUGACCAGUCAGCAGCUGAUUAAAGCAAAGAGAAAUAUAGUUUUGGUCAAGCAGCGAAUGUGAUGAAUGAUCGUGUUAGGGGAGAGAUUUUAAUUAUUUGUUUACCCUACAGGGGCUGAAAUUGUUUUUGAUUUAGCUGUCAUGAUAUAAAGGCUUUUGUAUUCUGUCACAUGAGGGGUCUCAUUUAUAAAUGUUUAGUGUAUAAACCAAGGCAAGGGAGAUGCAUUUAUAACUUUGCCACACAUCUAGUGCAACCUGCAUACUAAAGAAAAAGCAAUUCAUCAAAACUUAGACAACUUAAAACUAAAUUCUGUGCGGUUAAUUUAUUAUAAAGUUACCUAGGACCACUCUUCAGGAUAAGUCCAUUUCUCCCUAUGAUCAUGUACUGAUAAUGCCUCUGUAGAGUUUUCUGAUGUUGGUAAAAGCAGAUCUAUUAAAAAAACAGCUCUAAAUCUGCAGCAUUUUAAAUCUGCAGCAGUAUUGGUGGUAGUUUGUUUCACAGUAAUCUGUUUGGGUACUCUGAUUACUUUUGCGGUAAUGAGAUACAAAAAGGCAUUGGUUUUGCAAUUUAAGUAAUAAGUGACUAGCUACUUUUUCACAGUAGUCCGUUACUGAAUAAACAUCACCAUUUUUCUUUUCCAAAAUAGGAAAAAAGAAUAAAAUUCCUGGAAGCAUCUGCAUUGUUUUUGUUUCUCUCCUGCCUGUACACCGAUAGCAUGUAGCUGUGUGCCAGCGAAAGGCAAGUGCCUGCGUGUAGCUUGCUGAUUGAGCAGGUGAUAUGGCAGAGAGGAAGGCAUUUAAACUGUGGCAGUUGCCCCAUUAUGUUGAUUUUUUAGAUAGAAGAAACAAGAGUAACAUCAUAGUAAAAGCAAAUGUAGUAUUAUCAUUUUAACAGCUGUAACCUGCAGUACAGCCUAUGUGUAAUGCUGAACGUCUCUGCCUAGUUUACUUUCAGAUUGUGAGCAUAUUACAGAGCCAUUAUUUAAGAGAUUCCUGCUAUGAGGCUGCAAAAUUACACAGUCUGCAACAUGCCAUUUUUACAGUUAACAUCUGGAAUAAGUAGUUAAAGAAUAAUAAUUUUUGGCAAUGCAAAAGUAAACUAACUCUUUACUUUCCACAUUGUGUAGUGCAGUGCUGUGACAAGUCAAAACGCUGCUCAGUACUGCUCUGCAGCGUUUAGUUAAGAAUCCUUCUAUAAAAGUCUGAGGUAACUUGGCAGGAUCAUGGCAGUGGUAUGGGUAGUGUGAUUCUGAAAUGUAAAGCCUUGCAACAUUUUCUGCACAUUUUUUUUUUUAUAAAUGAGGCCCCUCGUUUGUUCUGCUGCUUUAUUUUGAACCAUAGCCUGUUGAGAGUGCAACACUGCUUUUCUCCGGAGAAAAGCAAAAGAGUUAAAGACACUAGCAGAUAUAAUCACAUGAAACACAGGUGUACACAUUCUCCCAAAACAAAUACCGCUUUUGGGUUAUUUUGGCAUGUAAAAUUUUUUUUUUAUUGUACAGAUGGUUGGGAAAAUACAAUAAUGAAUUGAUUGUGCCAACUGUAUUUUUUUUUUUUAAGUGUAAGAUAAAAUUAACAUUAUGAUUAAGAAAACUGAUAAGAGAUGGCUGUAGUUGGAAUUUAUUGUUUACUGAAAUGACUCCCUGUUCCCUGAACGCAUCAUUAAAGACGAGUAGCCAGUAGAUGGUGAGGGGCCAACUCUCUAGUCAUCAGCAGCGGCUCUUUGUUACACUAAAAUCACACAAACUCUAAUUUUAACUACUUGUAGACUCAACCCAUGAAGCAAACAUAACAACCGUGUGCUAUUUCUGGCUGUACUGUAUCUCUUGCACUAUUAUCAGUGAGAUAUCUGCAAAACAUACAUUUUGAUAUUUAGCACAGAGAGUCUAUGUUUGGUUCAGUGGAUUUAAAAAACAAACUUUGUAAGCAUUUUUAUUCUUUCAGUGAUUGAAACAUUUUUCUCUGUGAUAAUUGACUCGACUGGAAUAUCUCAAAAGAGUAUUUGUUAACACCUGACAUGUUUUUCUAGUGACAUGCUCUAUAUUUAAUGUGUUUUAAGUACACUUUGUUAACUUGUAUAACUUAAAAUAAUUGUAAUGUAAUGUUUUGAAGCCAAGCAUGUCUGCCUCGUGGUUUAUAAUGUUCAUUCAAGAGGAGCCGAGCUUCUUUGAAGCCGAGCCACAAUGACCGUUGUUUGUAAACGUUUGUGGAAGCUACCCGCUCUUUUAAAAUGUUUAAAAAAAACCAUUUUCAGUGAGUAAAGUGUUAUCCAUUAAAUCUUGUUGGCAAUAACUUCUUUUUGAAUGUCCGCAGCUUUCAUCAUCACAUCAUAAACGGCCAACACAUCGGUCACGCUGUCUGCCUAUGACAAAAAAAUUUGUCUUUUUGUUUACUUUUGUUUUAAACAUUCUUUAUUUGUCUAUGCAUUGCGUUACUUUUCUCUAAAAGGUGUCUUACUGUACAUUUUACCUAUCAGGGUUGUUCUGCAGCCUUCGCACCAGAUGGAUGAGUGUAUGUGAAGAGUGUGUGUGUGUAUGUAUGAUCACCAUGUAAUUUGCUAUGAUUUUGUUUUUGGGCAUGCCGUUGAAUUUGGUUAGGAUCGAUGUAUCUUUUACUGUGAUGAACUGACGUUGCCUAACUGUCCUUUCUUAUUUUAUUUUGUUUUAUUUUUUGUUGUGUUGCCUUUGUAUUUUGUUCUUUCUCUCAGUCAACAUCAGUUAGUUGGUUUUGUUUUGUACGGCUGCUGACCAUGUCUUGACUUAAUGCUUCCAAAUCCUAUACCAACUGAACCAUUAAAGAUAUUUUAAA